AUCCAAAAAUAAGGUUUACAAUGCUCAAUAAAAAUCCUCAAACGUAACUGUUUUGACUGUGAAACCAAUGCACAAAAUAAGCACAAACCUUGUACAUGCCAUUGAACAAGUGAAUAUCGCGCUUUUUAAUUUUUUUCUCAAUUGACGUUGUACUAAGUGAUUUUUAUUCAUUUAUUAUUCUCAACCGUCUUGUUUUAAUGUAAGUUAUGCUAGCAUGAGUCGAAUUGCAAAUAGAAGGUAAAAAUAUAUAUCAAUGAAUUUAUAAUGAGUUACACAACUGCAUAACAGUAAACUGCAUUUAAACACUCCAGAGAAUAUUUUUCGAUUCUAAACAUUUUCAAAAGCUCUGAUUUUGCGAUGGCGACUUCAGUAUAUUCACCAAUUUAUCCCCAAUUUCCUUCAAACAAAAAUGCUAUCACAAUAUUACGUAAUAAUGGGUUGAAUAUGACGUCAAUUGAGGACGUUCCCAAGACAGAGCGUCGUCGACCAAUCAGCGAACGACCUAUUAGAGGUAACCGACUGCUGCACACGGCGACGUUUUCCUUCGAGCGGAAUCCGAACAUAGUGGGCGACGGGACGACCAGUUACAAUUCGGAGUACUCGGGGAGGAAGGGUGGAGUAUUGCCGGCUGUUCCGGGGAGGUAUCCGAGUCAGUUGAGGAGUCACUUCGAGAUCGGAGUGGGGUCCCAGUUCCACUCGGACACAACUGCUAACUCUAAUUAUGUCGACAGACUGAGACAGAGCAUACAGACCAAUGACCAAUUCGCGUCGCUAGCAAACAUGUCAUACCAGAGAUAUGGAGCCGACAUGAAGAAAGCACUGGCGGUCAAUCGUUACAUCCCGAACAGCCGAACGACCAUCUACAGAGACGAAGUUCUUUCAAAGGGACCCUUCUCGUCAUUCAACCCGAAUGAAAACCCACACGAACCCAAGUUUCCUCCACCACAGACAAACCGAAAUGUAAUCACGUGGAAAGAAAACUUGGGAGCAACGAAUGAUCAACCGAGAGACUUCAGACGAAUUUCGGGGAAUAGAAUUUUAACAGCCAAUCUGGAUCGGUCAAAAUCAAUUCUGUGCUAGAACUUAAAACAUCGAAAAUGUUUUGGCUGUUUUGAAUAGAGUUUAACUUCCAUUUA